AUGACGCCGGCCACCACUGAGGGAUCGUCGCCGCGCUCGCCGCCGUCGCUGGAGCUGGUCGCCGAGCUCGAGGGCCACGGCGACCGCGCGUGGCACCUGGCGUGGAAUCCGCGCAUGCCCGUGCUCGCCUCGUGCUCGACCGACAAGGACGUGCGCCUGCACUCGUACCGCUUCGUGCCCACCUCGAGCACCAUCGCCAGCAACGCCAGCAGCGCCACCACCUCCACCACCGACACCGACAUCGCCGCUCCCCGCAACGGCACCACCAGGAAGCCGCAGUUCAACCUCCGCGAGGUGGUCCCGACGGGCCACAAGCGCACCGUGCGCCAGGUGGCCUGGGCGCCGUCCGGCAAGACGCUGGCCACGGCGUCGUUUGACUCGACCGUCGGCAUCUGGGAGAGGAUCCAGGACAUCGAGGGCGUCCACGACGACCACGACCACGACCACGGCCAAGAGGGCCACCAGUGCGGCAGUGGGGGCGCGGCCACGGGCCCGAUCCGGCUGACCAACGGCGGUGCGUUGCUCGACGAGCCCGAGUGGGACUGCAUUGGAACGCUCGAGGGUCACGAGAGCGAGUGCAAGAGCGUCGCCUUCAGCCACACUGGCGGCGUGCUGGCGAGCUGCAGCCGCGACAAGAGCGUCUGGAUCUGGGAAGUGCAACCGGAUGCCGAGUUCGAGUGCCUGAGUGUGCUGAUGGAGCACAGCCAGGACGUCAAAGUGGUGGCCUGGCAUCCCAAGGAAGAGAUCCUGGCGUCGGCGUCGUACGACGAUGCGAUCAAGCUCUACAUCGACGACCCCUCGGACGACUGGUUCUGCUUCUCGACGCUGACGGGCCACGAGUCGACGGUGUGGUCGCUGGCCUUUUCGCCGUGCGGUCGCUUCCUGGCGUCGGCGUCGGACGACAAGACGGUGCGCAUCUGGCGGCGGCUGUCGGCCGACGAGUGCGAGGCGCGCGGCGUUGCGGCCGAGGGCAAGAUGGCGGGGCGGGCGGGGGAAAAGUGGGUGUGCGCCAAGGUGCUGCGCGACUACCACGCGCGCACCGUGUACAGCGUCUCGUGGGGCCACGCUGUGGCGUCGCACCCGGGCGGGCGCCAGAGCCUGGGCCGGAUCGCGACGGGGGGCGGCGACGGGCGGGUGUGCGUGUUUGACGUGUACGAGGACGCCGACGGCAGCGGGCUGGCGCCCGUGACGGAGCUGGUGGCCAAGGUGGAGCAGGCGCACGGCGUGUCGGACGUCAACUGCGUCUCGUGGGCGCCGAGGGACCUCGAGGGCGGCAGCGGCGGAGCGAGCGUGCAAGAGGUGGGAGACGACGGCCGGCCGCUGUCGGAGCACGAGGGGGUGACGCACGAGCACAUGGGCGACCUGCUGGCGACGGCGGGCGACGACGGCACGCUCAAGGUGUGGACGGUGCCCGGAUCGGCGCUGGCCCCCCGCGCCGCCGCCAACGAGGCAUGA